AUGGCUUCUACCUGUGUCCGCACCGAUACUGUCGCCAAGAUGGGUUUGGCCAAUAAUGGAGCUGUCUUUGUGAGGCGAGCCCUCUGGAAUUGCUGGUUUUGUGUGAGAGCACGAUCAACGGGUGCCCUCGGACCUGUGCACCAAACCAUUGCACAGUGGCUUCAUGAUUGGAACCGUAGGAAUCAGGAUCCUAAUGUAGAUCAUGACGGUGAAGUUAUCCGUCCACGAAAAAUAUACGGGGAUCCAUAUGGAAGGCUUGACCAAAUCUUGGCUCUGUAUGAUGCAUGCACUAGUGGUGGAGCUCCUAUUCCCUUAAACAAAAGACAUGAUGCUGUAAUGACAAUGAACCAUCCUGAUGUUGCUCCUGAGCAACCACGGUUUCAAAUGCAACAAGAUUUCAUAUUAAUGCCAAAAGGUUGUUCUGGGCCUCAGGGACCACGCUAUUGGGAUUUUGAUAAGCAUGCUAUUCUGAGUGAGGCAGUGAUUCAUGUUAUACAAGAAAUUUCCGAAAGCGGUGCACGUGCUGACAUCCAGGUUUUCAUGCAGCACAUAAAUAUCAUGUUUAUCAUAUACUACCCUUAA